GAAGAAGUCUUGCGCUGAUUUGUUGCCUUGGAUACGAGCUAGCUUCGCUUGGACGCUGCACCAUCGGUAAACAGCUAGCUGGCUACAGUGGGAGAAGCCGAAUGAUGCUAUGCUAGUCGAGGGCUGUUUUUUUUUAAUGUGUUUGGCUUUUGUGAUGUACAGUUGAGUGCCCGAGACUUUGCAGCUCCCCUGCUUUCUGUCCAUCAGCAACCUGAGAGGAUGAGGAAGACAUGCUGAUCCUAUACAGAACUCAAAUAAACUCACAAGGACGGUGAUGCAGUACUGUAUCUCUUGUCUGCAGUGCUGUGUACAAUGAAGAAAAUAUUUAAUUUCUCCAAAAAGCAAAAAGACUCCCCCAGCACAUCUGAGACAGGGAGUGCACUUUCUGCAGGCUAUGCCCUUAAAGAGAAAGACUUGAGCAAGGUGCAUAAGGCUGCAUUCACUGGGGAUGUGGCUAAACUUAAACAGCUUGCCAAGAAGAAUGAUUUAAACCAGCUUGAUAAAGAGAACAGAACUGCACUACAUAUAGCUUGCGCUCAUGGACAUGCAGAGGCGGUUCGGUUUUUGGUGGAAAAAAAAGUUAAACUUAACCUAUGUGACAAUCAAAACCGCUCAGCCUUAAUGAAGGCUGUGCAGUGCCAGCAGGAUCGCUGUGUAACCAUCCUCUUGGAGCACGAGGCAGAUCCAAACUUAGUGGACCUCAAUGGCAACACAGCACUACACUUGGCUGCACGCAUACCCUCCAUCCCUGUGGCACUACAACUUCUUGAACAUGAGGCAAACAUUAAUGCACGAAACAAGGAAGGAAACACUCCCUUGAUUUUGUCAGUGGAGGAAAACCAUGCAGAUAUGGCAGAAUUUUUACUUAAGGAGGGUGCAGAUGUUAAUAUCAAAAACCAGGAACAACGGUCUUCAUUGUUGAUUGCUGCUUGCAAUGGUCAUAUAAACAUGGUGCGUCUGCUCCUGCAGUUCAAUGCUGACAUCACUGUUAAAGACAAAAAAGGAUGGACAUCUGACGACUAUGCUGUGAUGAAUGGACAUCAUGCUUGUUCACAUCUGAUCAUCGAGCAUGGGACAAAGAGGAAGCAGCUGCAGUCCCCUGCUCAUCUCCCUUCUGGUAAAAAGAAGCCAACUUCAUUAUUGAGCAGCCCUGAGGCUGGCUUUGCCAUUAGAGGUCCGGCUCUAGAUAAAGAUGCUGCAGAAGGAAGCACAAAAGAAGCAGGGAAAGAUGCAGAAGACAGUUCACUUGCAGGCUCCAUUAGUCGGGCUUCAAGAAGUGGUGCGGCUGAUUCUUGGCCUUCUUCAGAUGAUGAUGAUGAGUUAGAUUUGAGCCCAAAGAAACCUCAGAAGGUGAACUUAAAGAAACUCAUUCAUGCUUCUAAAAAAGAAGGAAACACAGUCACAAAUCAGGACUUAGAGAAAUACUGGAGCGGAACAGACUCUGAGCCCAUCAGUGAGGAUAAUGCUGCAGAACAGCUGAUUUGCCCUGCCAGCAUUUCCUCCUCCCAGCAUCCCGUAAACCCUACACCCACCUCCUAUAACAACCUCCCUCAAAUGAUGUCCACUUCCCUGGUCAGCUCCCAAAAGGAAAGAGAAAAAUCAUCUUCAGAGGAUGAAUAUGAGGAGGAGGAUGAAGAAGAAUGUGAUGAAGCGGAAAAUCAAAGAUCAGAUGAAGAGGUUGAGUUUACUCAAAAGGCACAUACUUCCAAAGAUAAGCAAAGGGAGCUUGGUUUUGAAAAGGAUAAUGGUGAGGAAUCACCAUGGGAUUCAGAGUCUGGCUCGGACAGUCCGCGAAAGAGAGACCAAAGUGGGGUAAACAUCCCUGCCAAAUUGCACAAAGCCAUGGCCAGUAUUUGUGAAAAGACUGAGGAAGAGAGAAGUCUAGAAGAGAAGGAUGACGAUGAAGAGAAACCAGAAAUGCAGCAAAAGUUACGUCAUAGGGAACCAGUAUCAGUGCUCAGUAAGAUGCUGAAUUCUAAGCAGAAUGAAACAAAGAGAGAUUUUUUGGAAGAACUUGGUUUAGGAGAUGUUGAUGAUCUUGAAGACGCCUCAGACUGGGACUCUGCAAGCACGACCAGUAAAGCCAGUAAGAACAUACUAAUCACCAACCCUGGGGAAGAGCUAGCUGGGGAACACCUUCUGGUUCUGCCUGUAGUCCAAGAGCAGGAGCCACCCACAUCCAGCUCAGAAGCAAAAGAGGAAGAAAAAAGCAAGCCUUCUACUUCAGCAGUCCCACCACUGCCAAGCCCACGUUCAUUUAUACCUAUUACACAUGCACAUCCCCAACCAAAACCUCAGCUACGCAGCCAGAAGAACAAGGAACCAAACAGUGAUGAAGAGUCAGAUUGGGACACAGACAGCACAUCAAGCCCUCUAAAGAUGACCACUCCUCCGUCAAAACUGGUUGAAAAUAAAGCAGUUACACCAGUGGCAGACAAAGCCAAUUUAGACAACAGUGAACACUCAAAGAAGGAUGAGGUGGCAAAAGCUGAUGUUAUGAAAGGGAGACAUAAGACUUUAGGGAACAAUCUUGGAUCUGGUAGACACACUGAUUGUGAUCAAGGAAAAAGCAAGAAAGCAGAUACCAACACUGAACAGCCAAAACCACAACAGGAAGAAUCAUGUGAUGGUGGAUCCACUCAGAAGGACGAGGGGUUUAAGACAGUGGAUAGUAUUUCACCAGAAGGGCUGACACGUCUAAAGAGCUCACCUCCAAUCCACAGCAUUGAUGGAAAGACAGCAAAAGAAGAUGAUGAAACCAGUGACCAGUGCAACCUCCUAAAAGUCCCUGCUCCCAAAAAGUCUAAAGCGGUUUAUCAUGUGAACCAUCGUAAUGGAAAGUCUGGGUUAGAUGAUAGCACUUUAAGUGAGGUGUCAGAUGAUGAAUUAAGGCCUGCAUCAAGACAAGGGGCUGAGAAGGUUCCCGUGCAGAGAGGGGGAGAGCCGGAAUUGGCAGAUGACUUUGACGAUCUCACUCAAUCAUCAGACACAGCUACUGAUGAGCUGGACUCUGCUGUGCCAGGCUACAUUCAUGCAUCUUUGCUCCUCAAGCAGCUGGACACCUGCAUUUUAGACUCAGUGAGCAUGGUAAAGCUUCAGAACAUGUUCCAUGAGUAUGAUCGCACCAUCCAGAAGGAGCGUAGCAGGCAUGGACGGCUGACCGAUAAAGUUUCUCAGCUGGAGCAGGAGAGGAAUGAAGUUAAACUCCUGCUUAAGGAGAGCAAAGAAAGCAAGUCCAGCCUGGAGGGUGUCCGUCUAGAGCUGGAAACAGAGCUUAACCACCUCAAGUUUAUGCUAAAACAGGAACAGGAAAAGCAUCAUGGUGCAUCCAUACUGUGUGAAAAAGUUCGUGAGCAGUUGCGGAGGAAAGAGGAGGAGCAACAGGCAGAGAUGGAGGAGCAUCACAAAAUGGAGCUUAAAAUAAGGAGUCUGGAGCUGGAGAUCAGAGGCCUGAUGAACAACAUGAAGCAGAUGGAGGAGGACAGGAAUGAAGCUCAGCGUCUUGUGGCCCAUGAACGGAGUGCUCGAGCAUUACAGGAAGACCUUAUGAACAGCCACUUGCGCAAGCAACAAGAUUUUGAGGAGAAGCAUCUGAGGAACGUCAACAAGAGCAAUGAGUUACCUGAGGCCAGUGAGCGAGAGAAGGAGUUGCAGCAUUUGGUCACCACUUUGCAGGAGGAGCUCAGCUUGGUGCGGGCCGAACUAGAGCGCUCUCGCACCCACAGCCUGGAAGAGGAGAGCAGACUGGCUGAUGAAAGAGAUGCUCUACAGGAGAGGCUGGAUGAUGCUCGACGUGACUUAAAACUCAACGAGGAGAGUUUAGCUCAGACUGUCUUACAGUACAACGGGCAGAUAAGCACACUGAAGUCCGAGUGCACACUGCUCAGCUCCAAACUGGAGCAUGAAAGACAGCUACGGCAACAAGUGGAGGCAGAGGCUGAGGCCAGUAGAGCACGGCUCCAAUCUGCACUAGAAGAGACAGAGAAGUGUCAGGUGGCACGUGCAGAUGCAGAGCGUACCCUACAGCGUGAGCGUGACAAACACCAGCGUGCUGAGGAGAAGUGGGCAUCGGAGUCACGCACUCAAGGUGACACCGUCCAGUCUCUUUCUCAGAAGUUAAGCGAGGCUGAGGCCCGCAGCAACAACCUAGAGAAUGACUGCCACAGAGCCAUGCUAAGCAUUGCUGAAAAGACUGUGCUUGUGGAGACUGCGUCACGUGAGUGCCAGCAGUUCCGUUCCCGGAUAGAGAAACUGGAGGGGGAGCUGCAGAGUGAACGUGAACGGUCCAGUAGUGCAAGUGGCAGACAUGAUGCCAUACAGGAGAGGUUGGCACAGAUGCAAAGUGAGAAUGCCCUGCUCAGGCAGCAUUUGGAAGAGGCACAAAACCGAGGCACAGCCAAAGAGCAAGCUGUUACAGAUGCACAGGAACGCUUUACCCAGGCGCUCAAUCAACUGCGGGCUGAUGGAGAAGAGAGAGUGCAGCUUGUUGAGGAGAGAAGCAAAGAACUAGUGACCAAAAACACAGAGCUCCGAGAGCACAACUACAAAUUGGAGCAGGAGAAAGCUGAGAGAGAGAGCUCUCUGAGGCAGCUCCAGCAAGAACUAGCAGAUUCUCUAAAGAAGCUAGCUAUGUGCGAGGCAUCCCUGGAGGUAAACACCCGCUAUCGCAGUGAGCUGGUCGAAGAGAAAGGACGCACUCAGAAGGAAAUGGACAGACUUAGGGCAAAGUUUCAAGACAGUGAGGAGCUAUACUUGCAGGCGGAGAGGCGCAUAAACACUUUAAAAGGCACUUUGGAUGAAAAGGAGCGAGACCUUAUCAGUGCUAGUCAGAAACUGCAGGAAGCCUUGGCUGCUACCGGAAGUACUGAACAAACCAUAAAACAGCUGGAAGAGGCAGUGCAGAGUUUGGAGAUUGAGAAUGCCAGACUGGAGGCCACAAUCAAGCAACAGAAUAACCGUAUUGAGAUACUUCAGAAGGAAGCUCAAGAAGCUACUGCUCUAUCAGAUUCAUCACCAGAUGGAUUGAUUCGGCAUCAGUUAGAAGAUUUGGUGACAAAUCUGCAAAGCAGUAAGAUGGGUCUGCAGGAUCAGCUCAGUCAUGAGAUGCAGAAGCAGAAUGUGCUAACCAACAAUGCCCAGGACUCACAGGCCUUGUGGGAAGAUGAGCUAAAGAGUCGCUCACGGAUCAGCCUUCGGCUAGCUGAACUGGAAAAAGAGAAAGGGGAGUUUAACAACCAGAUAGAGCUUCAGAAGAAGAAAGCCAAGAAGAUAGCUGAGCAGAAAAGGGCUGUAGAUGCUCGGUUGGACCAGGAAAUACAGAGAAACACUGAGCUUCAGAAAGAAACCUACAGGUUGCGGACUUUGGUGAAAACUGCUAAGAAAAAGCUACGGGAGAAGGAUGGAGGAGAGUUGGAUUCUUCUGUUGGCAGCCCCAGGAGAGAGCCGUCACUUAGACAUAGUGAGACAGAGGAAGCAGUUAGCAGGAUGAAAAUAAAGGUGGAUGGUCUUCAUGUGCAGCUGGAGCGUGAGGUGUUGCGAUGCUCCCACCUAGAGAAGGUAAACAGGGAGCUGAAAGAGCAGCUUGGUUCCUUGAAGAGCUUCAGUCGCAGUCAAGAACGUCUGGAACGUAGCAAACAGCAGCUGGAGGAGGAAGUAGUAGACCUGCGCAGGCGGUUGGAGGGAGGAGUCAUGGACUACAGUCAGGCCGAGCAAUUCCGUCGGCAGACUGAGGAGAGGGCCAGACAGGAGAUCCAGCAUAAACUGGAUGAAGUCAACCUUUUCCUGCAGACACAGGCGGCAUCACAAGAGGCUCUGGAGCAGAUGAAGACUGUUAACGAGGCAAGGCAGAAAGCUGAGCUGGAGAAGCGCAUUAACGAGUUGGAGGCCGAGCUGAGUCGAGCCCGCAGCAUUCAGCAGGACAGCCUGCUACAGUCAGAUUCCAGCCGCACUGAACUCGAGCGUUACAGACAGCUCUACAAUGAUGAGCUCAGGCACCGGAAAAGUCUAGCUUCCAAGCUUGAGAGGGCUAAUGAGCGACUAGCCGAGACCAACGCUAAGUUGUUAGGUGAGAGACACCGCAGUACAUCUCUCCUCAGCAGCAGCAUGUUGAACGGCUCUUUGGGAGGACCGGCGCUAGAUGGAUCUGCUUCUCUUGGACCUAUGGGUGUAUAUGGGGCAUCUCUGGGGCCCCUCAAUAAUCGUCUGCUCCUGGGAGCCUCUUUACUUGGUCCUACAAGAGAACCACAAACUGAGCGAGUGGAGGACUUUCUAGCCAAGAUGCAGUCUAAACUGGAAAGAAACAUCUCAAAGGAGCUGGAGUGUGCCACAGUUGAGCUGGAGGGCGUCUCAGCCCGGGUGUCUCCAGUAGGUUCUGCUAGCGGCUCCCAGAAGAGUCUAAACUUGAAUGGGGAGCAGCAGGACUUGGUUAGCAGAGCCACUCAGCAGUACCUGGAGGUUCUCAAGAAGAAUUACAUGGUCUGAAAUAAAGGCAGGAAUGAGCCAGUACAAUUCUGUAGCUCUGUAGCACAUUCCCUUAGACUGAAUUUUUUUUUGAGAUGCUGAUGCUAUUAGGGAUUCUGAUGUAUUAAUGUGUUUCUGUGCAAAGACAAUCAGUAUUAGCAGUUCUGUACAAAUGGUUUAAAUUAUAGAAACGUUUAUAAACUGUUAUGAAUUCUUCCUGAAGGCUCUUAGCUUUAAACUGUGUAAAUUCUGAGUGGAGGUAUUGGCAACAACAUUGGUAAUAACAUCUCACUACAAGAACAGCCUCUGCUUCCCCAGAGGGCUUAAGAUGAAGCUGGCUGUUACUUACUAUCAGACUUAAGAAUAAUAAUAAAUCCAGAAAAAACUAUGAGAAUGAUGAGAAGCAGGUCAGAGGACAAAAGGAGAAACGGUCUAAGAUGCAGCUUCAGGAAGAAUUUGGUAUUCCACUACCACCAAAAAGGCCAAAUCUUAAACACUAUCAAAUUUUUUUUUUUUUUUGACAAUGCACUUUGUACCAUAUAUACUCAGGCAUAAAAAUUGGUUUAAUAAAAUAGCUGUGAAAGCCUUGGUUAGGUACUUACAUACGUGCAGCAAAAAACCCUUUUUGCUGCUGUAAAUCCAUAACUGCUUAAUGAUAUUUUUAAUACAUGCUGAUGUGAAUUUAUAUGUGGAUUAUUCUAAAAUCUGUUAACACACAGUGGUAUUUUUAAUGUUUACCAUUGUGACUUUAAAUGUCAAAGAUGUUGAUUCAUUUUGUUAAAGAAACUGUAAAUAUUGGAUGUUGUACUAUAUUUUUGCCAGGUUAUGAUGGUACAGUUUAAGGUGUGGUGCAAUAUAUUUGUACAAUUAUGUCAUUAAUGUUUAAGAAUCAUAUUUUAGCAAUGUGUAUAUUUUAGUACUUCUUUUGUUCUGUCCAUAUCUGACUUAAUGUUUUCAUUUUGUAAAUGUAAGAAGAGCAUUCUCUCUGCAAUCGCAAGUAAAGUUUGGUGUUCCACAAGG